GGACUUGUCGCGGGUGUAACCAUAUAUCUUGGUCUCGCUGUCCAUGCUUUCUAAGGGAUUGUCCCCCAACCCGCAUUUUUGCUGAUUUCUCGAACCAAACGGGGCUUACCAAAGUUGCUGUAUUAACUGUUGGCUUCAGUAAAUCCCGUUGCUAUUUUAGGAGAGCUGCUAGAAUUGAUGCACAAUGUGGAAUCAAGAGGUUGUUUUUAAAAUUACAAGCCUUGAACUCGAAGGCGAAAACCGUCACCUGCGCGGCGUGUUCAUGAAGCCAGAAGCAUGGGACAAAGAGUUGUUGAGCAAAAUGCAGCCUGUGCCAGAGACGAAAGAAGAGGAGGGGAAAACCAAGAAGAGAACGGCGAAGAAGCAAUCUCUGCCACCACCCACGGAAGACGCGAAUGCAACCAUGCCUCUUUCUCAGUUCCAACAAUCUCUGAAGAUUCACUCGACGCCCAUACCUGGAGUCACCGGUCUCGCUUCAAAGAACCUGAAGCGCAAAAAGGCUGAGCCCGCCGAGUGUGAUGAGAGUCCGAGCGGAUUGUUUUUGCCGCCACAAUCGUCUGAGGAGCAGCCAGAGCUGUCGCCAAAGAAGAAGAAAAAGAAGGAGAAAUUAGAAAAGGAACAAAAACUUGAGCAGGGUGGAGACAAAUCGAAGCAGGAGAGUGGUGAAAAAGCAGAUGCAGUGGUUGAAGUCCAGAAGCUGUUGGAAAUGGCGAGGAAGAAAGCAGACACCAUCAUAAACAGCGAGAAGGAUGGCAUUUCUGCUGGUGAAGGUGAUUCUACAAAGAACAAAAUAGUAGAAGUCAAGAAAGCUGGCAAGGAGAAAGUAAAGGCCACUCCUAAGAAGAGUGUGGAAGUUAACGGAGUGGCCAAGAAGGUGGAGACCAAAGAGGACAGCGAAUCAUCGUCCGAGGAUGAGACAACCCUUCCUGCCAUGCUGAGGAAAACCUUGGAGAAGGUUGUCAAGCAGGAGCCAGUGGUGGCGGCAACGGCGGUGGCGAAAAAAGGCUCUAAAGCGGCUCCAAAGACCAAAGCCGCUUCAAAUGGAUCCGAGGCAGACCCGACAAUGGCGCUGCUCAUGGCCAUGAGGAGCGAACUCUUCCAGUCGGACGACUUGCCAGAGGCUGAAGACACCAGUGCUAAGAAGGAGAAAAAGAAGGCGCCUGCAUCGAAAGUCAAAGAAGCCAAAAAGGCAGAUGAGAAGAAGCCGCCGAGUGAAGUGAAGAGCAAGGCGAAGGUUGAGAAUGAUGUCAAGCCCAAAAAGAGUGAAGCCAAGAAGAAAAAGGAAGAGAAGAAGCCCAAAGAGAAGAAGGAAAAGAGCAAGCCUGAUGCGAAGCUGCAAAACAGUGCUGCGGUCAAGGCCAAAGCAGCCAAAAAGGGAAAAGCUAAGAAGGACGAGGCGGGUGCAAAAUACCCCAAGUUUGAGGAUGACAUGGACCUAAAUGCAUUUGCAAUGCAGCUGCUCCAGAAACAAAUUAAAGAUCUUAAUUCUAAAUAAGGUAUACUACUUGUAGUUUGAAAAGAAAUAAAAAUUAAUUUGUCUAAUGAAUGAAACAAACUAUUAAUAAGUGUUAAGAUCAGAAAAAAUAAAAUCCCGAUGGGGUGUAAAGUAAUAAUCAACUUAAAUCAGAACGCAAAUUUUGAAUUGAAGACUGACUUUAACUCACAGGAAAAUUUCCUUUUGUUUCGAAUAGACCAGGAAAAUCGCUAGUUAUUUGCUCCGAACUUCAUUUUCAAUCAAAAAUAGAUGUUCACAUGUGAAAAGGAAUAAAAAUUAACUUGAUUAUGAA